AUGGGGAAAAAGAUACAAUGUAUAGGGCGCUAUGUGAUGGACGGGGUGGUCUUGGGGAAGGGAAACUUUGCAAGGGUGGAACUGGCCACCCACAUGGUCACGGCCUGCAAGGUUGCAAUAAAGAUCAUUGAUCAGAGGAAGAUCAAGGAGGUCUACACAAAGGAGAACCUUCACCGGGAGCCCCGGAUAUUGGCUCAGAUACGCCAUCCCCAUAUCAUCCGCCUUUACGAAACGCUCAAGGCAACCACACUGUACUGUCUGGUCUUGGAGUAUGCGGCCGGCGGAGAUCUCCUGACCUUUAUCAAGAGCCAGAAGGACGGGCGACUUCCGGACUCCAAGGCGCGCGCUUUCUUCCGACAGCUCGUUUCCGCAGUGCAUUUCCUGCACGAGCGCGGCGUCUCACACAGGGAUUUGAAGAUGGAAAACAUUCUGUUGGACGAAAAGCACAUUAACGUCAAGGUGAUAGAUUUCGGUUUGAGCAACACGUUCACCCCAAAGGAGGGCAUGAAGACUCACUGCGGCUCCAUGGAGUACGCGGCACCGGAACUCAUCGCAACCACGGACAAAUACGGACCGGAAGUGGAUAUCUGGAGUCUGGGGAUAAUCCUGUACAGUAUGGUGGUGGGUAAGCUCCCCUUCCACACGCACUACACGGACCAGUACAGACGUCAGAAGCUGCUCGCGCAGAUUGAACAAGGCCUUACCGAGAACCAUAUCAGAGAGCUCAGUCUUCAUGGGGCAUCCACAGACCUCCAACACCUCUUGACGAAACUGAUCGAGCCGGCAGUGGAGCGGCGCAUGUCGCUGUCGGACUGCGAACUGCAUCCGUGGGUGACCAGCGGGGGUCGGGUCCCGUUCACACCGUUCCAGGCCCUCCCUCGGGACCGACAGGCUAAGACACAAGCUAUCGACGAGUUAGCGGCCAUACUUGAGACCCCACGUGACCAGGUGGAAGCAACUGUGCACGAGAGCAAGUGCGACGACUUCUCUGCCAUGUUUAACAUGCUCCUUGACGCCAAAAGGAAUGAAAAGGGACUGUUCGAUACAGACUUCACACAAAAACAAGAGGCAAGGAAAGAGAAACAAAAGAAAAAAUACCACAAGGGCAAAAAGGACAAGGCUAAGGCAAAACAAGCGACCCCAUCCAUAUUGUGUCCGGACAUCGAAGUUCCGACGGAACCAGAGGAGUUCCAAAAGACGUCGCACAACAGCACAAGCUUCGACCUGAUGGCUAUUUGUAGCGCGCCUACGUGGCUCGGCGGGGAUCGCCGGAAGACGCGACGUCGACGGUCACCAAUGCCACCACCUAGCCCUAUGCCCGUUACAGAGGGUGCGAAGGCUGAAUUGGACGUGCCGUUAGCGGCCGGAGGUCAAGACCUCUCGGCAAGUCUCCUGUCACCAACGCAGGCAUCAACACAGGUUGCUCAACUGCUUAGACGAAAUUCCUCCAGGCGCCGAAGUUACAAAGGAAACAGCACUGGUAGCCAGCCUGGAACUGAGCCGCCGAGCCGAAGCGGAAGUAUCCGUCGGCAUGCCCGCCGGAAGCCAAGUUCGCCUGGAUCUGGCGGGUCAAACCCGAAUAGUCCUCGUAGUCCGAUAGUGAAAGUGAACCCUGAGAUAAAAAUUGACACACCAAAUCAAAGCCCCAUGGCGGCAAUAAAACGUCCAGCGAAUUUGAUAGGACUUAAAGAGUGUUACGACGUCAAAGAACCUAAAGGUCUAAAGCGACAUCAAACGUUGGAUCCCCAUAUGUCGUACUCCUCGUUCUCUCGACGAACGACAAGGAAAACGCGCUUUGGAAGUGAUAAAACAGACGGUGCGGAUAGUGUUCAGUCAGAGGGCUCGUUUAAUUGCUCAACAACUAAUCUGCAUGAGGUGUUUAGUGACGGCUCGCAGGAAGUGUUUUCAAAUCCUGAAUCGCCACCGGGCUAUCGGACAUCAUUUGGGCCUUUUGGUGAUAAAGAACCCACAGUGGAAUCAAAAAUUGCCGCCGCAGAUAUUCGCUCAAUAGUACGACCGAAACACGUACAGAGUACAGUGUUGAACAAUACAAGCAAUCCACAUUUGGCCAAGGAUGAUAAGGCCGUCUUUUGGAAUGCUAACAACAUCACCGGAGAUAAAAAUAAAACUAUGCAAUCAAAACCUUUUGCAAAUCUCUCCGAUGAUGAAAAACUCGAGCGCCAAAUGAAUUGCGACCUUCCAAAGACGGAUAGCGAUAAACGUAUCGAUCAAGAACAGUCAAAACUGUUGCUACUAGAUGCCCCACAUGUGGAUGACUUACAUAGCUCUACUGAAAUGCUUGGAGCAGCAAGUAUGAAACCACAGCGUGCGUCAUACGUAUUGCACGGUGCGGUAGGGUCUAAGAACUUUCAAGAAAAUGAUCACGUUUUCACUUCAUUUUGUGUGGAAGCAGCAUCUGACGAGAAAGGCAAGGGAAUGUACGCUACGUUUGAACGAUAUCAUGAGCCUUUAUUGGCGGAUUUGUAUUCAAAGCGAGAGAAAAUCUCAUUGCAUGAAAACGACAAGAUUCUGAUGCAGGACGCCGACGAUUAUGAUGGCUUCUGUGACAGUAGUGACCACAACUCCUCACAUGAAAACUUACUAGGCCACGAAAGGACAUUGCUCAGGCGAGGCAGAAAUAAACCCGUUAAAUCUAUAGGGAGUGAAAGUAUCUCAGCACCGUUAUUGUUAACCUCGAAUGAACUCGGGUUGACACUCACACCAGGGGAUAGCCCUGGCGAUUCCUUAGCGGAACCCUCCAAAUACGGUUCACUGAUGUCGUCGAGGCGAAGUAGUUCGCCGUCUGUUAGGUUCGUUAUGCCUAACACCCCUUCUCGACAAUUAUUCAAUACCCCUAUUGCACGGAUAGAAAGUUUCCAUAGUGAUGAUUUUGAAACUUAUACCUCGGAUUAUGGUGCAUUUGUGACCGCACGGAAUUCUUCGCCGUCGCCGAACUCAAUUCAAACACCUACAGUUCCGUGCUUUCAGCUGUAUUCGAGGAAAAAGAAACAUAUGUUGACCUCAAAAAGCAAACGCAUGAACGGUGCACGGGAUGGAAAACAGUGUUACCAAGACGAUAAAGCAAGCAGGAAAGACUUCCGGUCUGGUGAUGCCAUGAUGAGCUCCGACACUGACUACGGAAGCGACGGUCAAGUGCCCGACGGCGAAAAACUCCAAUCGUCACACAAGGCCAGGAUAUUUCCAAUGGAAAACUCCGACGACCAGAUUGAUGGCAAGACGAAAAUAAACGACAAGGCCAAAGUGAUCUCUGACAUAGCCGCCAAUCAAAACUCAUCGUGUUCACGGAUACACCAGAAUUCAAACUGCAAAUCCCAGCUUUGGAAGCCAAACCAACAAGAGCAUGAAGCAAAGAAAUCUAUAUGGCACCGGGGAUUCGUACAUUUACUAAAAAAGAAAAAGCAAGCAAGCAGUCGACUCUCUGGCAAUAAUAACAAUGAUAUAGAAAACGCAUCUAGAAACAGGCAAAACAACAGCUCUUUAAAUAGUUCCCCAAACAAUACAGGAAACAAUAAUGCCAACUGUAAUGCCGCUAAUGUCACAAACACACGCAAUGGACAUACGAGAGGGGUGAUUCGAGCGAUCCCUCCCAACACAUUGGAUAUCCAAGCCACCACAGUCCAGAUCACGUGGAAACAGCCUCCGAAACACCACAACAACAUUAAUCUGCCAAAAGUUGCAGAGGCAGGUUUGCCCGAUAAUUGCCCAUCUAUCACUCACAGCCCGAGUCCGGCCUCCAAAACCCGGGUAUUCGAUUAUAGCAAUGUUCCCUCGCACAGUCAUAAGACUAAAUAUAGCAUGCUUAGCUGGAAGGCGUGUCGUGCAUGUACAUUCAGCGCUGACUUGUCAUCUAACGAGGGAAGUGAUGCGAACAUAUCUGACACCAUAUGCAAUCAAGUAGGCAAGGGCGAAAGUUGCAUAAUACCUAUGACAUCACUAAAGACAGGAACCAGCUCCGUUGAGAACGGGAACUCUAGGACUUGACAUCGAGUCGCCAUAAC